AUGGACGAGUUAGUAGAAAUGAAAAAUGUGUUUGACGAAGUUCACAAACAUUAUCCAUUCAACAAAGAAUGGCUUCUUCGUGACAUUACAGAGCAUCACGGCUCUCAUAAAUACGUCUUUUUUUGGCAACCAAAGAUAACAGGUGAAGUGAACAAGUCAUGUCUUGGGCAAUGGUAUCCCUCUCCUUUCGAUUAUAACAACCAACACUUUCUCUUUGCUGAGCAAUUUAUGAUGGCGUAUAAAGCGAAGUUGUUUCACGACGAUGAAAUGUAUCAAAAGAUCAUGAAAAGUACUGAACCACGUCAGAUGAAGAAGUUUGGACAGCAAGUUAGAAAUUUUGAUAGUGAUGUUUGGGAUCAAUAUAAAGAUGUCAUAGUCUACACUGGAAACAUUCAAAAGUUCACUCAAAAUCCAGAGCUUCGAAAGUUUCUUGUCGAAACAGGAGAUAAAGUUUUGGUCGAAGCAAGUCCUUAUGAUAAUAUAUGGGGCAUUAAAAUGGACGAAAACAAUCCAAAUUGUAGAAAGCCCGAGUUGUGGUUGGGUGAAAAUCAUUUGGGAUUCGAUUUGAUGAUCACCAGAGGGAUGCUCUUAGUCUAA